AACCCCGCGCGACCCCUCCGCGAGGCUGCCGGAAGUUGCCCUGCGACCAGUGUCUGAGCGCCGGGGGAGAGCGGAGCGGAGUGGGCCCCGCGGAGCCACACGGAGGUGCCCGCUGUCGGAGUCCCUUCCAGUGUAUGUGUGGUAACAACAUGUCUGUCCCCCUCCUGGCUGAUGCAGUGACUGUCUCGGGGGCAGAGCGGGAGACUGCAGCGGUCAUCUUUUUACAUGGGCUGGGAGACACAGGGCACAGCUGGGCUGAUGCGCUGUCCUCCAUCCGACUCCCCUACGUGAAAUACAUCUGCCCUCAUGCGCCCCGGAUCCCUGUCACCCUCAAUAUGAAGAUGGUCAUGCCCUCCUGGUUUGACUUAAUGGGACUGAGCCCAGAUGCGCCAGAGGAUGAAGCUGGAAUCAAGAAAGCUGCUGAGAACAUCAAAGCCAUCAUUGAGCAUGAGGUGAAGAACGGGAUCCCGCCCAACCGCAUCAUCCUGGGGGGCUUCUCGCAGGGCGGUGCGUUGUCGCUGUACACAGCACUUACCUGCCAGCACCAGCUUGCUGGCAUCGUGGCACUCAGCUGCUGGCUCCCGCUGCACAAGGCUUUCCCUCAGGCAGCAAGUAACAGCGUGAACAAGGACAUCGCCAUCCUGCAGUGCCACGGGGAGAUGGACCCCAUGAUCCCUGUCCGCUUCGGGGCCCUCACCGCCGAGAAGCUCAAGUCAGUUGUCACCCCCACCAAGGUGCAGUUCAGAACCUACCCCGGCGUCAUGCACAGCUCCUGCCCGCAGGAGAUGCUGGCCGUGAAGGAGUUCAUUGAGAAACUGCUGCCCCGGAUCUGAGCAGAGCCACUCAAGACUGUCGCGGGGAAGGACGCGGAGGUCACGGCCGCCGACCUCGCGCCCCAGACCCGGCUGCUGCAACCGGAAGCCAUGGCAACCAACCUCGCCUCCACUCGCGCCCUUCCUCCUCUUGCCUCUGCCCGGGGCAUGGGGCUGUCGCCCUGGUGCCCAGAGCCGAGCAGAGCUGGCCCUGGGGCUCCUCCCUCGGACCGUGCACCGUACGCUCCCCUCCCUGCCCUCACACUCGUUGCCCCUGGCGGGUCUCCCUCCCUCGGUUCUCCCUGGCUCCAGUCCUGGGCACAGUGUGCACAGGCCGGGGCCCCCUGGUUUUCUCUGCUGUUACAGUGUUAUGCGGGUGUCUGCGGAAGCCGGGGGGGUGCUGGCCCCCGCUGCCCCAGGCACAGCCCCACACCGCCCUCAUACAGAUAAUCGCCCCUCUCCCCACUCUUGCAAUCUGUGCCUGCUGGGUACUGCCCCUGCAGGCAAAGACAAAUCCCUGCCGUUUACAGCCAGCUCCCUGGCACAGGGGCCGCCCAGGUGCUGGCCUGAUCCUCUACAUCUCUUGCUGCUACUCCUUCCCUCAUUGAGGCAGGGAGUGAGGGGAAGCCUCCGGCUGCCAGGGCCCGAUGCCGGCUGGGAUUGCCGCCAGCUGGGCUCACUCCUACCCUCACCUCACCAGCAUCUGCCCCAGGACACCAGUGGCCUGUUGCUUCAGCUAGCUCAGCCCUCUCCUCCUGGGUAAGGACCCUGCCCUCUUUGCUUUAAGCGGUAGCCCAUCAGCACAACCUCCUGCUGGGCCAAGGCAGGGCCUGCUUCUUUCUGGGAAAGCAGUCCCUACAGCUGGCAGGAGUGGCCUGUGGGUGCAGGUUCC